GUGGUUUAGAUGCUGCUUGUUUAUAAGAUUGUAGUCUAUCGAUCCUCAAGUCUUCGUCAGUCGUGAUAGAUAUUCCGCGGACAGGUACAGAGGCUGAAGAAAUAACGCGCGCACGGAAACUCGGAGUGGAAAACUCAGUCAGUGUAUUCGGAAAGAUUGGUACUCACAAUCAUACUCUGUUUUGGAUCAGAGACUGUGUGGAAAGAGAAGAGGUUAGAACUUUUUUCUCCCGCCAAAAUUGUGAUUUUCCCGGGAAGACAAUUUUCAUAUUUCUUUUUUAAUUUAAAAAAAAAAUUAUCCGCCGUUGUGAGGACCGGGAAUUUUGAAGAAUGGUGGUUUUUCAUCGGGGAAAAUGAUACUCGGAAUUUGGUACAUUGUGAAGACUUUGUCCUGGAAACUGAAAUAAGGUUUUCUGGUAAACUUGUACAACCUUUGCCAAAAUGAACCAGAGCACGAACACCACUAUGUAUAACGUCACUGGGAACGUCACGGAAAUGACGACAGCGGUGAUGCCGAGCGAGCCGGCGCAGGUCAUGCAGAACCUAGGCCUGACUGUCCUCUUUAUUGGCCUUUACGUCAUCAUUUUCGUCCUGGGUCUCAGUGGAAACACCCUCGUCGUGUAUGUUGUAGUCCGGAACAAAACCAUGCAGACAAUCACCAACAUUUUUAUCACCAAUCUCGCCGUCUCCGAUAUUCUUAUAUGUCUAUUAUCAAUUCCUUUUACACCACUGGGAUAUUUUCUGAAUUCUUGGAUGUUUGGGGAGGCUUUGUGUCACAUAGUUCCUAUGUCCCAAGCAAUAAGUGUCUAUGUGUCCACGCUGACCUCAACAGCCAUCGCUGUGGACCGUUAUUUCGUUAUUGUGUAUCCAUUUAAACCUCGGAUGAAGGUAUUCGUUUGUUUGAUCGUGAUAGUGGCCAUAUGGAUCAUUUCUAUUUCCAUAUCACUUCCACUGGGUAUAUAUAUGCAGCUUUCACGGGAGGACAAUACAGGAUAUUGGAGGUGCAACGAGAAUUGGCCCCGUGAGCAAGCCGGUCAGUUUUUCACCGUUACAAGCCUAGUUCUUCAAUACGUUGUGCCUUGUAGCAUUAUUACAUACUGCUAUCUGAAGGUCUCAUUGGCGCUCAAGAAACGAUCCAGGACUAAAAUAGGAAGUGGUUCAAAAUGUCGCGAGAGAGACGAACUAGAAAUAAGACGCAAACGUCGAACGAAUAGAAUGCUUAUCGCCAUGGUAACCAUAUUUGUGCUUUGUUGGCUUAUGCUCAAUAUUGUCAAUGUGACAGUUUCCUACAAAAAGAAUUAUCAAUACUGGUAUUAUUAUACUCUUAUAUUUUUUAUUGCGCACGUCAUAGCUGUGAGUUCUACAAUUUAUAACCCUUUUCUCUAUGCGUGGAUGAAUGAUAACUUUAGAAAGGAAUUCAAACAAGUAUUGCCUUGUCUAUUCCGAGGAGAUCGGGAACGUUAUGUAAACGGAAGUACUACUAACACUCAAUACACCAACGUAGAUAAUCAGCCAUCAGUGCUGAUCAACCGAUCACCCCAAAGAGAGUCCGAUGAAAUGAACAAUAUGAAAAAACCAAAGGUGUACUAUGACACUGAAUCUGAGAGAGUGCAUCUCAAUCAGCUCAACGCAGAUACGACAGAUGAUUCCGUGUGAGCCAAAGCUCACCUUAGGUACGAAUUAUCUAAACAACAUCGCUGUGAGAUUAACUCGUGAUUGAGUAACUCGUAUGAUCAUUGAGGCGCAACAGCACAACUUAACCGAGAUCUAAAGUAUUCCAAGUCAUCUGUUUGUGUCCGUUAAAGCGCCGAACAAAGAGUUGCUGCGGAAGAAAGUAGGACCGAUAAUCGGUACGACGUCACAUUACCCGGAAAGAGAAGAAAUACUGAAGAUUUCUUACUUAACCAUGAGACAUUGCCAAAUACGGACAUUUAACUGGAUCUCACGGUCUAACAUUGCAUUUCAGUACUCAUCAAUGCUUGUUUAUAAUGCCGCAUAAAGUAAACAAACACCUGGGAAUAGAAUUGAUAUAGAUUAACAAUAUCAAAAACAAAGACUUGAGUUAAAAAAAAACACAAGGUGUUGAGCAUUCUGAGUUUUUACAUCAAGUAUUUUACUUUUUAUUUACAUCUUUCUUUUUUUUUUAGUUAAAUGCAUCUACGUUGGUGAGGCAUUGUAGGUCCCCUUGCUUCACUCCGUAGAGCUAUUAAAGGACUUCUGCAUACUGUGCUUCAGGAUGUUGAUAUCUCAAUAUUUUGAAUACUUCAAUAACCUGAUUUAGACUAUUUGAAGAACAAAACUACACUGGACAGCUUUAACCCCUAAUUAAAUUCAGUAAUGGGUUCCAUUUAAAAAUAUUUUUAGAUGUAUUUAAACCAAGGUGAUAUGUGCAUCCCUAUACAGUAUGGCACAGGAUCGAUAUAUUUGAAUUUUAUUGUUAGUAUAAACUUUCACUUUUUGAAAUGGAAAUCAUUUGGAAAUCAAUGAAAAAAACAUACAGAACCAUGUAUAUUUUUAUUGUGACCUUGGUGUUGUUUAUUUGAAAUAAAAUUCUUAAUAUAAUCAUUA